AUGCAGAGAUCGAUUUCGAGUGUGUUUGCGACGACGGCGAAGAGAUUUGCUCGUCGAAAUCUCCAGGGGAAAGGUAAUCCUGGAACUGCUCCAUCUUCCUUUGACAUUUGCGGUUUUUGUUGCUGGGAACGAGCUUUCUCUGGUGGAUUACAGAGAGAAAUUGAGAAAUGGGUUUCUACAGGAUAAGAUGGAAGCAGAAAAAUAGAUCUACAACACAUCAUUGAUGGUCUCUGCAAAUACAAGCAUCCGGAUGAUGCUCUCAACCUAUUCAAUGAAAUGGAGAAGAAAGGUAUUAGACCAGACGUUGUUACCUACAACUCCCUCAUAAGCUGCCUUUGUAAUUACGGAAGAUGGGAAGAUGCUGCUGGACUACUGAGUGAUAUGAUUGAGAAGAAAAUCAACCCGGAUGUUGUUACGUUCAAUGCAUUGAUCGAUGCGUUUGUGAAAGAGGGGAAGCUUUUGGAAGCUGAAAAAUUGUACGAGGAGAUGAUCAAAAGGUCUAUAGCUCCUGAUAUUUUCACUUACAUUCACUGA